AUGUCGUCGACCGAACCGGACGCGCCGGCCAAGUCGCCUACGGAUGAACUGCCGCAACUCUCUACCUACACUGCUGAGACAGAGGAGGACCGAAUCGAAGGCUUGCGCUUGGUCGCAGAUUCCGUGGCACAACAGCGCCAGGUCGCCAGCAAGGUCAUGCUGUUCCAUCCAGUUUCACUAGCCGCGUACUUUGUAGUUGUGGCUUUUGCUGCGCAGUACAUGCUACGCUGGUACGAGGACAAAACAAUGUUGGCCACAACCAUUGGAGGCAUCACAAUGACUUUCCUCAUCUUCAUUCGAUGGAUGACCGGUGGCUAUAUCGGUAUGGCCGAGGACAUCAACAUGGAUUGGCUGGGCGAUGACAGGCUCAUCGUGGUGAAGUGGGGUGAGGACGUCAUCGGAUCCUUGGUAUUGGGUUGGGCCGAUAAUGAUGCCGCGAAGAAGCGUGGCAGGAGAAGGCGAGGCAAGGCCGUUGUACGCGCUUGGACUGUAAAGUUGAAGUAUCGCGGCAAGGGUGUUGGUGGGGGCUUGUUGGAGGAGGCUGUCAAGGUGGCAGGAGAGCGAGGCGCAGAUGGCAUUGUCUUUGAUGCCGACCAUGCCAACUCGAAGCGUAUCCUCCCUGCCAUCUUCAACGGUUACCUCAACAAGCAAGACGCCAAGGCCGAGAAGGCUCUACAAAAGGUUGCGGACGCGAAGGGCAACUUCCGCCAGCGUCAGAGCUCGCCCACUUGGGGCAGCAGGUAG